UUUGCAAGUUGGGGUUUUUCCGAGAGUUUUGAUUUUUGACGGGGAAAAACACAAGAACUCUCUCUCUCCUGUCAGUCUCUGUGAAAGGAAAGGAAAGGAAAAACCAGAGGCCUCCGGCGGCAAAGGGAGCAUAACUCCAGAGAUGAGAUAUAACUUUAAUUUGCCGGAAACCAGCGCCGACGAGCCCCCAGCCCUAACACCAACGCCCAAGGACGACGAUAUCGAAUGGCUUCCUCUCCAGAACCACCCCGUCUUCUCCACCGCCUCCCCCGCCCGCUCCUCCGCUUCCCGGUCGCCGACCAAUCUCAUGGCUUGGGACGGAACUUCUAGGCUUUACUUCUGGGACUCCGCCAAGCAGUACCUCCACCGGAUCUCCAUUCGCUUGGGCGAUCCCGACCAUUCCUCCGUCCUCGCCGCUUCCCCCCCCAAGGUACUGAAACCAGAUGUUCAGCUCACUUUUGUGGUUAAUAAAAUCUCUGUAAAUAGAAAUGGAUCAGCAAUACUGCUAUCUGGUCCAGAUAAUCUAUAUGUCAUGUACCUCUGUGGCCGAACUUCUAUGGGUGAUGGUACCUCUAUCUGCAGGACUGUUUCAAUUGGAUCACAAAUUUAUUUCAACAGAAAAAACAUUAUACGUAUGUUGCAGAUUUCUUGGCACCCUUAUAGUGACACUCAUCUGGGAGUCCUUUCUUCUGAUUCAGUUUUCAGACUUUUUGAUUUAUCCUCGGCUUUUGCACAACCAGAGCAGGAAUUUUAUUUACAGCCUGUGGAAGCGGGGAGAUGCAAGAAUGCGGCAUCAAUCUGCCCGGUUGAUUUUUCUUUUGGAGGUUCCCACUUGUGGGAUAGAUUUUCUGUCUUUGUUCUAUUUAGUGAUGGUUCAGUUUAUGUCCUUUGCCCAGUUGUUCCUUUUGGAAGCGUGCACAAAUUGGAGUCUGUAUUGGAGAUAUAUACUGAUGCUCAAACAUUUGGGCUGAAAUCUACCCAUCCAAUAGCUGUUAGAAAUUCUAAUCUGGCAAUCUCUUGGUUGGAGGCAACCUUCCCCGAGUUUACUCUGCAAGCAACAGGAGAAAAUCUUCAUGCACUUAAAGCACAACCAUAUGCUUUAUUUGAUGCGUCAGUAGUAUUGCAGGGUCCUCUUUCUAAAGUAUGUCAUGGUGGGGAAGUAGAUUCUGAAUCUUGGGCUCCAGAGUGUGAAGGGCGGGCUGUCAGCUUACUCUAUAAUGCAGUCAGUAAGGAUUCAAUUCUGGUGACAGCCUGGAGUGGUGGGCAACUGCAGAUAGAUGCUUUAGCUGAUGAAAUACAGCCAGUCUGGGUUGAUGGUAGCCCGCCUCGUGUUUGUGUUGAUUCUCAUGACCACAUUAUUGGUAUUGCAAUGAUAUGUGAAUCAAUACCAGGUUACCACUCAAUUGUUAAGCUUGACCAGCCACCUGAUCAUUCUGUUUGGUCAGGAAACCCACCUCCUUUGUUGAGGUUGGCAGUGGUGGAUUUAGCUCUGCCAAGCAAGAAAGAUGGUAGUUCUCUUAUUUCAAUGUUUGCAGAUCCCCUUCUCCCAGAAAGAAUAUAUACCCUUCAUGAUGGUGGAGUAGAUUCUAUAGUGUUACAUUUUCUCCCUUUUACAAGUCAGGCAAGUGGAAAGGAUGAGAACAUGAGAACCCCCUCUGUGCGUCCUGUUCUUAGUACAUGCCAGGGAGAACCACCUUCAUGUCCUCUUCUUGGUUUUUUGGCUUUGUCAGAUUCAUUUGGAUAUUCAUGGAUUGUGGGGCUGACCUCCUCUCAAGAAUGCAUUGUGCUUGAGAUGAAAGCAUGGGAACUAUUACUUCCCAUUUGUGUUGACACGGAGAACAAAUCCCCAGUCAUUGACAAAUCAAGAGAUCUAGAUACUCCAGCUAUCAUAAGCAAAGAGCUCCUUAGUGGCCCUAAGGUGGUUCUUCUUCCUCCUUCCUCACCAAAUCUACGCUCUGUUACUGCUGAUACCAUUGAAGGUCGAUCAACUCUUCAUCAGUACUUCAAGCUUUUUCAUGAAAAUUACGUGGAGUAUGCCCACAAGGUUUACUUUGAACUCAAGCAUCACGGACCUCACUUGAAGAAGAUUAUUGAUGACCAGCAUGGUCGAUUAGUUGAAUCACAGCAAAAGCUAUUGAAAGUUGAGGAGAGACAAGAAAAAAUAGAGGACCGCAUUAGUCGUGCAACUGAAAUGCAUACACUUCUUGAAGAACGCUUGCAAAGGUUGAGGAAUCUACCAGGGGUGCAGAAGAAACCAUUGUCAAAGGCAGAGAAAGAAUUCAAGUCAGAAUUAGAUAGAUUUAGAGGGGUCGAGUUGGAUGCUUUGCAUUCUUCCAUUGAAUCUCUAAGUGCAAGGUUGAAAAGGUACAUUCAUUCCACAGAGGGCAACUUGCCGUCAAACCGACAGAGGCGAGUAUCAACGGCGGCGGCAGGAGGCAGGAGGAAGAAUUAUGGCCACGCCCAUGCCCAAGCCCAAGAUGACCAAAUCUCUGACCUCAAAUCUUCAAUUGCCAAACUUUCACUGGUGAACAGUGAGAACACGAAGAAAGUUAAACUUGUCGAAUCCGCGCUGAGAAGCCGGGGAGAAAGCAGCAGUUGAUGAUGAUAAGAACUUCACUUCGGGCUUUCGGGUUUCUUUCUUUCUUUGUUGGUUGGAAGGAAGAUGCGUGCACGUCUCCUUUUUGUUAAUUAGACAGCCCCAGUCCCACAAGCUUUAAAUUACAAGUUUAGAGCAAACAAAUGCAAGAAGAGUUACAGCUAAAAGGCUUGUUCUUUUAUGUGGAAGUGGAACAUAUAUACAUGGGGCGUCCAAGAAUAUAUCCAUCCGUAUCCUCCUUUUUCUAGUAACCACCUCCUUUUGAAUGAUGAUGCCCAUUAUGCUUUUUGCUUCACUCGCUGCAAUGGUUGAUGUGGUGGUUUUAAUGGACAAGUAAUUGAGCCUUCAAUGUCCUCGUUGACUUCUUUUGUAUGUUUGACCAAUAUGUUGUAAGGAAAUACUUUAUAGAAA